AGUACCUCCGAAUCCUUUACUCUAAAGAGAAAGGAAACCACACCUGGUUGAUGAAAUAUAGCCAAGGAGCUAGAGCGUGAUUAGCAGCCACAGGUCCUAGCUUGGAUUUGAACUUUUCAUAUAGUUUUUUUAUUUGUAAAUUUUAUUUUUUAUUUCUUACCAAUAUGUAAAUAAAAUGAAUUAAAAAAACUUGAUAUUUUGUCUCGAAAUUACAAAUGUGGCAAAUAAUUUGGAACGGAGGGAGUAUAAUUUUGAGGAAAGAGUUUAGAGGGAUGUUGAGCAGAUGAUAGCAACAAGGAGGAGAUUCACCUCCAGAGUUGGGAAUCUCCUCCUCGUCGCCUCCAUAGCCAAAGCUCUUUCAGCGCCGGGAGGCUCGCGAAACCUCGACGGCGCUAAUGGAUCCAUCUCCCUCUCACAAGAUCUCGUCCUCAGAGUCCUCCGCUGCAACUCCCUCCACGUCUCCAACAAGCUGGAUUUCUUCCGAUGGUGCUCCCUCCGCCCCGGGUUCAGGCACUCCGCCGCCACCUACUCCCAGAUUUUCAGAGCUCUUUGCCGUUGCGGCCGCCACCACGAAGAGAUUGCCGCCCUCCUCAAUUCCAUGAAGCGCGACGGCGCUCAGCUCGACUCCGCCACCUUCAAAUUGCUUCUCCACUCGUUCAUCAGAUCCGGUAAGUACGACUCCGCGCUGGAAAUUCUGGAUUUAGUUGAAAGCAAUUUCAGGGACGACAUUGCUCGCAGUCGAUUGAGCAAUGUAGUUUAUAACUCUGUUGUGAUCGCGCUUGUCCGUAAGAAUCAGCUAAGCACGGCUUUAUCCAUAUUCCUGAAGCUAUUAGACUCCAAUUCUAGUGUUGAUGAUAGUAAGGAUGGGGAUUUCAUAGAAGAUCCCAUUUCGUGUAACACACUACUGGUUGGUCUCAAGAAGGCUGACAUGAGAGCUGAAUUUGUGCAUAUCUUUGAUAAGCUCAGAGAAAGGAAGAAUCCUUACCCCUUAGACAGAUGGGGCUAUAAUAUAUGCAUUCAUGCUUUUGGUCUGUGGGGGAAUUUGGGGAUUUCUCUGAUACUGUUUAAGGAGAUGAAGGAGAGGGGUGAUGCAUUUGAUCCUGACAUCUGCACUUAUAACAGCCUAAUUCAAGUCCUCUGCAUGCUGGGGAAAGUGAAGGAUGCUCUCAUUGUCUGGGAAGAGCUGAAGAACUCCUCAGGUCUGGAGCCAGAUUACUUCACUUACCGAAUUCUCAUCCAUGGCUGCUCGAAGUCGUACAUGGUGAACGAUGCCAUGAAAAUAUUCGGUGAGAUGAAGUUUAAUGGCUUGCGCGCGGAUACGGUUGUGUAUAACUCACUCAUGAAUGGAUUGAUGAAGGCUGGGAAGUUAACGGAUGCAUGUAAUCUGUUUGAGAGAAUGGUUGAAGAAGAUGGUGUUCGUGCCAGCUGUUGGACCUAUAACAUUCUCAUUGAUGGCUUGUUUAAGAACGGAAGGGAUGUGGCUGCUUACACACUCUUCUCUGAUCUGAAGAAGAAGAGCAACAAUUUCGUGGAUGGGAUUAGUUACAGCAUUGUCGUUUUGAAUCUCUGCCGGAAAGGCAUGCUUGAGAAAGCAAUGGAGUUGGUGAAUGAGAUGGAAGGCAGAGGUUUCACUGUUGAUUUGGUCACUAUCACUUCACUAUUGAUUGCAAUUUACCGCGAGGGGCACUGGGACUGUAUGGAGAGGCUUAUGAAGCACAUUAGGGAUAGCAACUUAGUUCCCAUUGUUUUAAGGUGGAAAGCCUCCAUGGAGGCUAUGCUAGAAGCUAGGCAGAGCAAUGAAAAGGAUUUCACCCCAAUGUUUCCAUAUAAGGGCAAUUUCACCGAUGUUUUAGGCACUGGAGAUUCAGUAGAGACAGAGGCUUACGCGGGUGAUAACGAAACUGACCCUUGGUCAUCUUCACCUUACAUGGAUUUUCUAGCCAGCCAAACAAGCCUGGACACUCUCCAACCCCAUCUGUUCACACUUUCCAAAGGAAAACGCGUCGACGGUAAGAACCAAGAUUCAUUCGACAUGGACAUGGUGAAUACCUUCCUGUCCAUAUUCCUCGCCAAGGGGAAACUGAGCUUAGCUUGUAAACUAUUCGAGAUUUUCACAAACGCGGGGAGUAAGGACCCCACUAGCUACACAUACAACUCCAUGAUGAGUUCGUUUGUCAAGAAGGGAUACCUCAAUGAGGCGUGGGGGGUUUUCCAUGAAAUGGGAGACAAAGUUUGCCCAGCAGACAUAGCAACGUACAACGUGAUCAUUCAAGGUUUAGGAAAGAUGGGUAGGUCUGAUCUGGCAAGCGCCGUUCUUGAUAGACUGAUGAAGAAGGGGGGAGGGUACCUUGACAUUGUGAUGUACAACACGUUGAUUAACGUGCUGGGGAAAGGGGGCCGAAUCGAAGAAGCAAACAUGGUUUUUGGACAGAUGAAGAGGGUGGGGAUAAAUCCUGAUGUUGUCACUUACAACACUCUGAUUGAGGUUCACAGUAGGGCGGGGAGACUUGAGGAAGCCUACAAGUUUUUGAAGCUCAUGUUGGACGCCGGGUGUGUGCCAAACAGUGUGACCGACACCAUCCUGGAAUCCCUCGACAAGGAGAUUGAAAAUGUACGUUACCGGAAGGCUUCGCUUAAAAACCCACCUUAAUGUCAUAUGCUUAGACUAUGUUUGGUAUUAUAAAUGCAGAAGGAAAAAGGUAGGGGAAAAUUGAUUUGGUGUUUGGUUAGAAAGAAAAAGAUAAGUAAAUGUGAGGGAAUAAU